AUGAGCCGCAGCCUGGGGAUCCCGGUGAAGCUGCUGCACAAGUCGGCGGGGCACGUGGUGACGGUGGAGCUCAAGACCGGCGAGGUCUACCGGGGCUCCAUGAUCCAGUGCGAGGACAACUGGAACUGCCAGAUCGAGAACAUCACCUUCACAGCANAGGACGGCAAGGUGUCGCCGCUGGAGCACGUGUUCAUCAGGGGCAGCAGGGUCAGGUUCAUGAUCAUCCCCGACAUGCUCAAGAAUGCGCCCAUGUUCGAGCGCCUCGAGGCCAGGAUAAGGGGCAAGGGGUUGGUCAUCCGUGUCGGGCGCGGCCACGCCGUCGCGAUGCGUGCCCGGAACUAG